UAGACAACAAAAUCCCAGGAGCCUUUCCCCCCAACAUCACUCUCUCAGCGUUCCGGAAAAUGUUUCUAAAUUAAGGCUGAGCUUCUGGGGCCCGGAAAACAACUGCACAACCAUGCGAGGAUCUCUUGGGCCGAGAGACAAGCUGAAGCUGAUCAUCGGCGGGAAGGUCUGCGAGGUGUACCGCGAUGAGUUUAGCUGCGGAUCGAUCCCCUUCUGGGGAGCCUUCAUCUGCUUCGCCGCCUUCGGUCUGUUCCUGGCCUAUUACCACAUGAAUCGGGAUCGCAUCCAACAGAGCAACUAACGAGUCCUCCUGGAAAAAUAGUGAAUUGUAACAACUGGUAGCUCCUUUGGCCUUUCACAUUAAACUGCCUGAUCCUGAUCAUA